GUAACAUCCCAUUACUACGCAUCUCACCCAUACCGACACUGUCAAAGUUAAAAUGCCCAUUACCUGCUAGACAUAAAGUCUAGCUGAAGAACAUCUUGAUAUAACCUCCGCAGCCAGCGCAGGAAGUAUCAAUCUUGCUUUCUUAGUCCACGCAGGUCCUACAAACACACCGAUAACGGAACAAAGAGCGACACGUUUGGUCCAUACUUCACCCCUAAACGCUACUCCAAACAACACCAUUAACAACACAUUCAUACUACACAACACACCGUCACCAGAAAUAGUUACAUGAGGUUUUAAGUACCUGGUUUUCAGUUCAACGAGUCUGAAGAAUCAUCCGAAAGGUUGUUUAUCUCCACAGAAUACUCGGGCUCCGUAGCCACAUACUUCUCACUUUCUCCAAAUCGCGCGAGUCGUCGUUCCGCCUUUUCUUCAAUUAUCCCUCAACACCAUCCACGAUAAGGACUUAUUCAAAUCAAUUUUAAUUCUCAUCUCAGCAAAGAUGAAGUUCCUACCUUUACGCGACUUCGACAAUAUCACCAGUGCGUUGAAUUUCAACACACCCGACUGCCACGUCAUUGGUGGUUGUGAUCUCUAUACAACCAAAGCUGCUGGCUCCGACAAGAAACUUUACAAAAAUAUUGAGAACUCACUAGAAUCUCAAUAUGAAUCUCUACUCAAACUAUCGGCUUCUGUAUCGCCUCCUCUUGAUCCCACCGAAGCAGGCGUAAACCUCUCACGCUCUAGUCCUUUUGGACCCUUGAGUCAGGUAUCGAGCCGUCGAACUUUCGCGUAUCUCAUUGCAACACUUAAUGCAAGCCAUCCUGACUACGACUUCUCGCACAAUCUCAGACCCGCCGAUUUCCACAAAGAACGAAGUUUGAAGACUGUUAUCAAUACCAUCGAUUCGACACUUUAUAAUCUUAGACCAAGUUCGGGAAUGACGCUUCAUGUUCCAUCACAGACAUCUUACAAGACAACUUCAUCUGCUGGGGCUACAAGUCAAGCUUGGUGUCCACAGAUGUGGGCUUUGAUUGAUAAGGAGAUGACUCUCAAGGACUGUACAGUCUAUUCUUGGGCUCCUCCUGAUGAACCGUUUGAUGGUGAAUUAGGAUCUAUUUGGAGUCUCAACUACUUCUUUUUCAACAAAGAGAAGAAGAGAGUCGCCUACUUCUACGUUCGAGCUGUUCCAGUUAUGAGCCAUAGUCCAAGUCAAGCUCAGGGCAUCACAGACCGAGAAGCCCACUACAACGACGAAGGUGCAAACAAACGGGCUAGAUAUUGGCUAGGUGAUCGCGCCGAUAAUCUCAUGGAUGAUCAAAAUGGUAACGAUGAUACCGAUGUCAACAUGUGGGAUGAGGACGACCAAGUAGAUCCUGAAGAGGAAUACUACGAUGGUUAUGAUGAAGCCGAUGAUGAAUUCGAUGAUCAGAAUUAUAAAGCAUCUAUACGUGGUGUUAGUGAAGAUAUGGCUGCUUCGAUGGACAUUGAUUGUUAAACAACUUUUCCUUUCACACCUCUUUGCAUUUUUUGUUAGCAAGCAGAUUGGUUGGCGUACUGGGCAAGUCGAUGGCAACGGCUUUGAAUUUCUUUUCUUUUCUUUUCAUUCCUUCUCCUUUUUAUUGUGAACAAAAUACCACAUCUGUAUGUUUUGCUUUCUUCUGCUUCUUGUCUGUACUUGUGGGUUUUUUGGUCGGCUAUCUGUAGGAACAUGGGAUGGACGAUGUGAUGAACUACUCGGUAUGGCGUUCGGCUACGGUUCGGUUCGGUGAGAGCGUACUGGGUUGGCUGGCGUUGUCCCUAUAGUUUAAAACUCCCUCUUGCUAGGUAGCUUUUGGGAAGGAUAUCGGUGGGGUGGCGGGUGCAUGAUACUUGGAUGGGUGAUUAUGCGUGCGUAAGCGUAUACGUUUGCAUAGUACGGUUAAUACUUUCAACAGCAUGAUGCCGUGACAAUCCAAUAAUAUGAAAACAAUUCUUCGUA